GUGGCUGAAGAAGCGACAACGGCGACACGGAGGCCAGCUACGGCAGCUGUAAGAAAAAGCCGCAAAGACAGCAACAACAGGAACAACAACAACUACAACAACUACAACUACAGCAGCAACAGCAGCAGCAGCAGCUUCCACUCGUCACAACCUCUGUUGCCCGUGUUAGCCGAGUCCACCCGUGACGAUUCGAGCCGACCAAUGCGUUGCGCCAUCGACGAUACGUGACACGCAGGGCACGAUACUCUCCCUGGCCGGGAGCCAACGACGACCUCAGGCAGGGACGGAGACAGCGCCUGAAGCCGCGCCUUCGCAGCCGCCAUGGCCUGGCAGUCGAAACUCGUCCUGCCCAAGGACCGCAGCCUCCGCGGCAUCAUCUCCAGCCUCACACGGCUGUACGUCAAGCAUCGGACGCGCAUCUCGCGCGCCAUCUGGAUCUCCCUCUUCGUCGCUCUCGCGAAUCGCAUCCGCCAUGCCGUCCUGGAGCAAAAGGCCGCCUCUGCGCGCGAGGCCGCUCAGCGGGCUCUCCGCCAGAGCACCGUCACUGCCGGCUCCGAGGAAACGCCCAGGAAAAAGGUCGCUCUGAAUCGCGAGUUCUUCAGGUCGCUGAUGCGCUUGACGAAGAUUGUGGUGCCCGGCUGGCGGAGCAAGGAGGCCCGGAUGCUUGCGAGCCACAGCUUCUUCUUGGUUCUCAGGACCUUGAUCAGCGUUCGCGUGGCCGAGAUGGACGGUGCUAUUGUCAAGGCCUUGGUCAAGGGAAAUGGCAAGGAGUUCUUGAAGCGCAUCGUCUGGUGGAUGCUGAUUGCCGUGCCCGCCACCUUUACAAACUCCAUGUUGUCCUAUCACCAAGCCGAGCUGUCCCUGCAGUAUCGGACGAGGUUGACACAGCAUAUCCAUGACAAAUACCUUUCCAAGCUGACCUUUUACGGCAUCUCAGCGCUUGACGAUCGCAUAAAAAACCCAGACCAGCUCAUUGCUGUCGAUGUAUCAAAAUUCUCCAACAGUCUGGCGGAGCUGUACAGCAAUCUGGCCAAGCCGGCGCUUGAUAUGACCAUAUACACAUAUGCGCUAUCCAAAAGCGUCGGAAGUGAAGGCGUCAUCUUCAUGUCGCUACUGGUCCAGCUCUCGGCAAACCUGAUGCGUGUCUUGACGCCGCCGUUUGGCAAGUACGUCGCCGACGAGGCUCGUCUCGAGGGCGAGUUCCGCUUCCAGCACUCUCGCUUGAUCGAUUACAGCGAAGAAGUCGCCCUCUACGGCGGCCACAUUGCGGAAAAGGAUACCUUGGACAAGGGCUACUUCACACUCAUCAAGCACGUCAACUACAUCCUUCGGCGACGCUUCUACCAUGGCUUCAUGGAGGACUUUGUCAUCAAGUACUUCUGGGGCGCUUUGGGCCUGCUCCUCUGCAGUGUCCCCGUCUUUGUCAAGCUUCCCGGACAGCUGGUCAUGAAUAUGGGCGACAGGACCGAGGCGUUUGUGACGAACCGCCGAAUGCUGCUUUCCGCAUCCGACGCCUUUGGCAGAAUCAUGUUUUCGUACAGAGAGAUCAUGGAGCUGGCGGGAUACACCUCUCGAGUUUCCACCCUGCUCAACGUCAUGGAUGACAUCCAGAUGGGCCACUUUGAGAAGAAGCUCGUCUCUUCCUCUGGCACGGAGAACAACGAGGCAGUUCUCAAGGGCCGCGGCACUGUCCACGAAAGCAAAGACUACAUCAAGUUUGAGGAUGUGCCCAUCAUUUCACCCAACGGCGAUGUUCUCGUCAAGGCUCUGUCCUUCUCCCUCUCCCACGGCGACCAUCUCCUCGUCGUCGGCCCCAACGGCUGCGGCAAAUCAUCCUUGUUCCGCAUCCUCGGCGGCCUGUGGCCUGUCUACGGCGGCACCGUGUACAAGCCCCCCUUCACGUCCAUCUUCUACCUGCCCCAACGGCCGUACCUCUCCCGCGGCUCCCUCCGCCAGCAAAUCAUCUACCCCGACUCCCUCCGCCAGAUGCGCUCCAAGGGCGUCAACGACUCCGACCUCCUCUCCAUCCUCACCACCCUCGGCCUGGAACAUCUCGUCGAGCUCUACCCCGAGGGCUGGGACGCGGAAGCAGAAUGGCGCGACGUCCUCUCCGGCGGCCUCCAGCAGCGCGUUGCCAUGGCGCGCCUCUUUUACCACCGCCCGCAGUAUGCGAUUCUCGACGAGUGCACAAGCAGCGUCACGCUCGAUACCGAAAAGGUCAUGUACGAGAAUGCCAAAUCGCUCGGCAUCACGCUGUUGACCGUCAGUCACCGUCGGAGCCUGUGGAAGUACCAUACGCAUAUCCUGCAGUUUGACGGGCAGGGUAAUUACGUCUUUACAAAGCUUGACGCGGAGAGGCGUCUGAGGCUAGAGGACGAGAAGGAGGAGCUGGAGAUGAAGCUGCGGCAGGUUCCUGAGCUUGAGAGGAGACUGGAGGAGUUGACUUCUUUUUAA